AGUACCACCGGGUUAUUGUGUGUGUUUGUGUGUGCUACGAAAAUAUAUCUAAAGGUGUCAUAAAAAGUCUUUGGAAGUGGUUAAAAAGAGAUAAGGUGAUAGCAUGAGAAAUCGUGUAUUCGUGGUGAAAUGGCCCCUGCGGAGUUUGAACAGGCGGCUUCUGAGCACGACAGUACCGACGCGGCAGGCCGAAGGCUAUGAUAAAGGAAUAACUCAACCGAAAUGUCCAGUACACGGUCGAGCCAGGUCCACUCACGCUGCGGUGGUGGAACCCGGGUUGGAAACCUUGGGCUCCGCCGUCAAACCGUGGGAAGAAGUGCCUGGGCCCAAACCACUGCCACUGGUUGGCAACACCUGGAGAUUCAUACCUUAUAUCGGUGGCUACUCCGUCGAGCACGUAGACAAGGUCUGUCUGUCUGUUCGUAAGCAGUACGGCAAGUGUGUGAAGAUGGCGGGUCUGCUGGGCCGACCUGACAUGCUGUUCGUGUUUGAUGCUGAUGAAGUGGAAAGGGUGUUCAGAGGAGAGGACGCCGCUCCACACAGGCCCUCAAUGCCGUCACUGAAUUAUUACAAACAUACUUUGAGGAAAGACUUUUUCGGAGCUGAAAAAGAUUGUGCUGGAGUGAUUGCAGUUCACGGCGACUCGUGGGCGGCGUUUCGUACGAAGGUGUCUCGAGUGGCGCUGAGCACGAGCGCCGCGGCGCAGUACACCGGACAAGUCGCCGAAGUUGCCGAUGAGUUCAUUAAAAGAAUUCGAAAAGUUCGAAACAGCAACUCCGAAACACCGGACGAUUUUCUCAACGAGGUCCACAAAUGGUCUUUAGAAUCCCUAGCACUCAUAGCGUUGGACACGCGGCUGGGCUGUUUCGAGUCCGCCGAGGGUUCGGAGACGCAGCGGCUGAUCGACGCUGUCAACACGUUCUUUACGUGCGUGGGUGAGCUGGAGCUGCGCGCGCCGUGGUGGCGGAUAUACCCCACCGCUAUGUUCCGACGAUAUGUAGCGGCGUUGGAUACAAUACUGAGCGUCACCCUGAGACACGUGGAGCGUGCCUUGGAGGAGAUGAAGACGACGAGCAACAGAUCGCUGCUGCAGCGGCUGUUGGAAGCGGCCGGACCGCGCACCGCCGCUGUGGCCUCCCUAGACAUGUUCCUAGUGGGGAUCGAUACGACAUCAAACGCUGUGGCGUCUACCCUCUAUCAACUGUCCCGAAGACCGGACGUACAGGAGCGGCUAUACGACGAGAUAUCGGGGGUGCUGCAGGGGCGCGAGCUGAGACCAGGAGACAUCAAUCAGAUGCCGUACCUGAAGGCUUGUGUGAAGGAGGUUCUAAGGAUGUACCCAGUGGUUAUUGGCAACGGUAGAGAGCUGACCAAAGACACAGUUAUUUGCGGAUAUAAUAUCCCUAAGGGAACGCAGGUGAUAUUCCAACACUACGUGAUGGGCAACAGCGAGGAGUACUUUACGGAGGCCCAGCGUUUCGCCCCCGAGCGCUGGCUGCGGGGCGGUGAAGCCGACUCUGGCACGAGGCACGCGUUCGCGUCGUUGCCCUUCGGUUUCGGCAGGCGCAUGUGCCUCGGCCGACGGUUCGCUGAGCUGGAGAUUCAUAUUAUUAUAUGCAAGAUGGUCCAAUCAUUCAAGAUGGAGUACCACCACCAGCCGCUGGACUACCACGUCCAUCCGAUGUACACGCCGGACGGACCCAUACGCAUCAAACUCAUGGACCGAUAGACCUGUUGUGAUAAUGAUUGUGAUUGUAAAACUGUUUUGUAUAUUUAGUUUUGGUUGUACAAAGGAUUGUGUA